AUGGCAGAGACAUCACAAGGACCUGACAAACGUCAAGAAGCCCAGGAAAAGAGCAGAAGAGAGAUUCUGAGGUGCACCAGGAAGGCCUGGAUUCCUCUGGAUGAGCAGCUGUCUAUUGGUUCCAGAGAGGAAAGAGAAAUUCCCACAACCCAACUGGUAGCAAACUCCAAACAAGCAAAUAUUCAGCAGUGGCUGGACUCCGGAUUCUUUGUCUGUGCAGAUGACAAUUUUCGGCAAGUUAUCCACCAUACUGCUGCUUUGCAUGACCAAGGAAUGGUUCAAGUGACCGUGAAAGACUACAUGAGAUCUCUGCAACAGUUUUCUGAAACUCCCAACCUAUCCAGAGGGACUAGUUUCAACUCUUUCCAUUCUACUGCAAGUAUACCACAAAGCAUUCCCGAAUGGCUGGAAUUUUGGGAAAAAGAUCCAGUAGAGAUUCUCUUGGAUCUGGGCUUUGGGACUGAUGAGCCAGACAUCUGUGCGCAAAUCCCAGCCAGGUUUCUCGAGAGUGGCUCAGCAGCCAGGGGAAUCAACACCCGUGUUUUUCUUGAGGCUCAAAAGCAGCGCGUGGAUGUUGAGAAUCCUAGUAUAUUUGGCCGUUUCCAACAGCUGGAAAUAUUGAACCAUGUGACCAAUGCCUUCUCAUCUUUGCUGAAUGACGUUGCCAUCCCACAGAACAAAACACAGGAGAAAUCUGGAGGGUGGAAUGUGCAGGGAACCUCAGUGAGUGGGAUGGAAGUGCCUCAGAGAAGAAUGGAGAACCUUACAAGGAGAACUUCAAGACAGACCAUUGAGAGGAACUACAACGCAGAAGCUCCAGAAUCUUUCCGGAGGAAGGACAAUUUUUUCACUCCCUCUGCAAAACCAGAAGCAUGUGGAGCAGAGCUUUCAGCUGCUUCAAACAGACAAACCCAUGUGUCUCCUUCAGCAGAAAAUCAACCUCCCCAAGCCAAUGAAAACAGGAUAACUUGCCAUCCUUCCCAAAGACUUCUUGGCAAGCAGUGGCCACACUCACUCCAGCAGGCCAAGCAGAUUUCUCCUUCUUGUGGGUUUGAAGGGUCAGCCAAAGAGAGAAUGCGGAAGGAGAACUUGAAUCACUAUAAUCAGUUCAAGAACUGGGCUUGUCUUAUGGAUAAGCAACUAGACUCCUACGAAAUGGAAGAGGUCCAGAGCUUUGAGGAAGACAGUGGUAAUGGUCCUGACCUGACUUCAGGAACCACAGGCGUCUGGACAGGCAGAGCAAACAGCUGUCAGUCUGACAGCAGUGGGUUCCUGGAAGAGCCUCCAGAACCGCUUCCCCUGCAGAUGCCUUCUUGGCCAAGCAGUCAGAACCCUGCUGAGACCACAGGCAGUAAGCCGCAUGUUGGGGGCCACAGCUUCGGGUCAUCUCAGGACGGUCAGCCAGGGCCAGAUGAAUCUGAUCCCGAGAGCGCUGCGGACACACCCGUCUCAAGCCAUCGCUGGAGCUCGAAAUCUGCUGUGGAAGAAGCAUCUCCACGCGAGGCCACCGAGGAGCCCCCAGAGCCCUUCCUGCCAGAUCCAGCCCUUGCCACAACCAUCCCUAGGAAGGUAUACUCAAGGGAAGGCAGCCCUGUGCUCCUGCUGCCAUCUUGCCCUGACUCUGAGGGCACUGGAGCCCUGGUCACUUCCAUGAAUGACCCUCCGUGGUUCAUGGCGACCCCUACCACAGAUGGGAAGGACGAGCCCUCCAGGCCCAAGGAAGCUGGUAAAGUAGACACACAAAUUGGCUGCCAGGGGCCUGGGAGGCCUUCCAGAAAUGUCUUUGCUGAAGACAAGACCCUGCGGAUGGGCUCCGAGGCCCCAGGGGGAGAGGGAAAGAACAGACUUUGUUCUGACACCGCCACCGCCUCACUGGCACGACGACAAGGGUCUCAUGUCCCUGAGUACCGAAAAAUCACGCCCUAUACAGAUGUCUGCAUUCCAAUGUCUGACAGCUCCACUCCUCACCUUGAAAAUCCACCUGCAGCCACUCCCCAGCUGAAGUCAAAGUGUAGAACUGGGGGUCAGACACCACCUAGGACAGAAGCCAAGACAGAAAACCUUCCUGUAAAUGCUGACUUGAACUUGGGCAACUCCAGGUCGGUGACAAUCCAGAUGUCCUCUAGCCUGGCGUCAGCUGCCUGGAGCACUGCGGCCUCGGCAGCUGACCACAGAGGAGCAGCUCUGGAGUGCACUGCGUGUGACACUGCUGCCACAAGAGGAUCAAGAUCAGGGACAGAGGCGAGACAGUUCCGAGAUGUUUCUGUUCAGACCUCGGGAUGUGAGCCCAGGUCCUGGCAGUGCUGUCCAGCCCCACACAGUACGGCCUUGAAGCACGGGCACCAGUCUCUCACCAAAUCUGUCUCUCUGGACACAGGCUUCUCCAGCACCUAUCCGGGGGCCCCCUGCCUCGUUGUACCUGCGUGUGGCUGUGUCUGCUGUCACCACCAUCCCCACAGUCACUGGGACACACACAGUUCCAGUCUUGAACCCCCAGCCUUUGGGCAUGGCCUGUGCUCACAGGCUGGCCAUCCAGAAGCCCAGUUCCUGCAGCCCAUGAACACCCCUCGGGACACCGCCGUGAGGGAGCUGUGUUUUGGCACAGCCCACGAGAUGGAAGCCAUGAAGCUGCUCUGCCGGAGUUUCUGGGAACAUUUGGAGGCGACGGAGCAGUACCUCUCAGGACAGCAGGCACUGUUCUCCAGACACAUGUCCGAAGAGGAAAGGGAGGAGGCAGCCCAGCUGCAAACCUUACGCGAGGCCCUGAAGCAGCAGUUGACAGAGCUGGAGUUUCAGUUAGGAGACCGAGCUCAGCAAAUCCGAGAAGAGAUUGUUUUGCAACUGGAGCUCCUCACAGGGGAACUACGUCAUUAUACUUGGACAGAAGGAAAUGGUGGCCAAGCUUCCUGUGCUACACCCCACCCAGUCAUGACUCCCGAGGUUGCAGUUCCUCCCAGCAUUGGCCCAGAGCCUCCCCCGGCAGGUGAUACUCAGAUGGCCAUCUUCACCCAACCUACCCUGGAGACCAGCACCAGGAUGUCUUCUCCAUCGCUGGCUCAGACAGAGGCGGGUCCAGCAUCUUCCGCACAUUGUCCUCUUGGAGGAAAAGAUACACACAUUUUCGUCUAG